CAGUCGGGAAUCUAAUGUGGGACUUCCUGUUCAGACUGUGUUUUUCAGAGGAACUAGGAAACGCAGUUUGUCAGACUUCCCUCCGCUAACCCGCUAACCCGAUACGCAGUCCAGUCAGUCUAGUUUCAGCGUUAUUUCGACUGUCAUUUCACCAGUGGUCAAUAGAGAGGGCGUUCACUAACGUCUCUUACCAUCAAAGUUAGCUAGUAAGCUAACGCUAACGUUAGAGCUCCGCUGUGCUUUAGCCAUGUCUGCUUCGGCUGGAUGCUCCCCGGCCGGCCAUAGCUCAGGCCUCGGCCCCGGUAUGUCCAUGUUUCGCUGGCUAGAAGUGCUUGAGAAAGAAUUCGACAAGGCCUUCGUGGACGUGGACCUUCUGCUCGGCGAAAUAGACCCAGAUCAAGUCGACAUUACGUAUGAGGGGCGGCAGAAGAUGACCAGCCUGAGCUCCUGUUUUGCUCAGCUGUGUCACAAAACCCAGACGGUUUUUCAACUCAACCAUAAGCUGGAGGCUCAGCUGGUGGACCUGCGUUCGGAGCUGACUGAGGCUAAGGCUGAGGGGGCAGUGGUAGAAAGGGAGGUCCACGACCAGCUCCUGCAGCUUCAUGCUCUCCAGCUGCAGCUUCAUGCCAAGCAAGGCCAGGCUGAGGACUCUGACACCAUCAAAGACAGACUGCCUGCACCAACAUUGGAAGAGAUGGAACAAGAGCUGGAGGCCAGUAAGAAGGAGAAAUUAGCAGUGGCAAGGCUGGAGGCAGAAGUGAGACUAUUUAAGAAAGAAAACGAGGCCCUUCGCAGGCACAUGGCAGUACUGCAGGCCGAGGUGUAUGGAGCCAGGCUCGCUGCCAAAUACUUGGACAAGGAACUGGCUGGCAGGGUGCAGCAGAUCCAGUUACUAGGCCGUGAUAUGAAAGGGCCAGCACACGACAAGCUGUGGAACCAGCUGGAGGCAGAGAUUCACCUUCACCGCCACAAGACUGUCAUCCGAGCGUGCAGAGGUCGUAACGAUCCGAAGAAACCCCUCGCCUCUCCUGUGGGGCAUGACCCAGACAUGCUGAAGAAAACCCAGGGAGUAGGCCCCAUCAGAAAGGUGGUGCUGGUCAAAGACGAUCACGAGGGGCUGGGAAUCUCCAUCACAGGUGGGAAGGAGCACGGCGUUCCCAUUUUAAUUUCAGAGAUCCAUCCGGGUCAGCCCGCUGACAGGUGUGGAGGUCUGCACGUGGGCGAUGCCAUCCUUGCUGUCAACAGCAUCAAUUUGCGAGAUGCCAAACACAAGGAGGCUGUCACCAUUCUGUCCCAGCAGCGGGGGCAGAUAGAGUUUGAGGUGGUGUACGUGGCUCCGGAGGUGGACAGCGAUGAUGAGAAUGUGGAGUAUGAGGACGACAGCGGCCAUCGCUACCGACUCUACCUGGACGAACUGGAAGACAGUAGCGCAGCGCCACCUAGCAACAGCUCGGCUCCGCUGCAAGCUCUGGAGAAGAUGUCACUGAGCAACGGACCAGAGAAUGGAGAUACUGGGAUCUCCAGCGAGACACCUUCAGAGGAAACCCCUUCAAAGCCUCCUGAGACUGACUGCUCCUUCUAGAGGCUCAGCCAAGCCAUUGCAUUGGUAUUUGGAGAUAUAACAAGGGGAUCGGGGCCGAAAUCCCUCUCAGAGACCUCAAUCAAAGAAUUUGAUGACAAGCCCAGGGACUAGGGUGUUCUUUGUGUUCUGGGGUUGUGGGCAUUGGGGGUUUAUCCUGGGCAUGUGGCAAUGAUUUGGGGUAAAAGUACAUGUUUGAAGAAGCAGUGGUGGCAGAUAUGUAGAGGAGGGAGUGUUACUGACCAGUGUGUGACUUUUUUUUUUUUUUGGAGAUAUUUUAUUAAGAUACUUCUGGGAGUUGAUAGGACGGCUGCAUGUGAGAGAAGAGCAGAGUGUGGGCGUUCUUGAGCUGUCCUGGAGGCUCAGGGACAUCAGGGAGGAAGAGAUUACACAUGGGUGAAAAUGUCUUUCAGGGAGACUCUUGAAGAGUGUUUUGUUUCUGUUUUGUAUAGUUACUCAUUUUGUCUUGGCAACAUUAAGACAAGACGAUAAUUGCCCCCCCCGGCCUUCCCCAGGGAAAUAAUCUCAAAAUGGAAAUGAACGGAAAAAAGAAUUUCAUUUUAGUGACGAGAAUAAAUCUGUCAACAACCUUCCCAAGAACUAGAGCGAGGCCGUUCAUUCACAUUGGACUAAGAUGGGGGAAAAAAAAAUCCAAUUGAAAAAAAAAACCUUGUGAAAUAAAUAUCAGAUGCAAAAAACUGCUGUAAAAAUCUUACCUGUCAUCACCAGUACACUUAUUUAAAACACAUAAAACCUAAACAAGGCAGGUGGAUGGUGUGUUGAAUCACAGAUCCAGGGCCUAAUGAAUGAAUGAAUGAACAUACUGGACACUGAAGUCCAAGAGCAACGAUGGGCAAAGUUUCUUCUCCAAGCUAAACAGUCUACAUGUACCUGAGUAGCUGCUUCUGCCUCUGAAGUUUUAUAAGUUGAGUGUUUCUCUGUAGUUAUCCAUAAAAUGAAGUAUGCUUUGACAGCUGAUGAACCAGCAAUCUUAUUAAUUAUUCUUUUUUUUUUUUUUUAUAUAUCCCUCUUAUCCAACAUAGAAAUCUGUGGAGAGUCGUUGUAAUUUACCCUCUGAAGUCUGAGUCAGUCAGUAUUUCAAGUCAUAAAGGUUGUUUCCAAAUCCCGACUGAGACUGCAGCCUUCUGUCCUUUUAACUUUUUCAGACAUAUCCCUUAUUCUGUGUAUUCAUCCGCGUAUUUUCUGUGGGUCCCUCACAAAUCUCGAAGCCCUUCAGAGCCAGAAUUUAGCAAAGCAAUCAAACAAUGAAGACACUACGAUAGACAAUGAGAAGAAGACGUCUGGAUAUUUUUGAAUUAACAUUAAAAGAAAAAAAAAAGCAUGUUAUACAGCAUUUAAUGCCUGUCAUUGAGAGUCUGAGGACAGUGUAAUUAUUUCAGUGACUGUGCUUGUCAUACUAGUGUAUGACCUCUAAAAAACCCUGUCCUGGUAUUGUGUCCUGUUGAUGAGGUGGUGAGUGUAGGGUGGAUGUUCCACUGACCCAUUAUCCCUUCAGAGCUUUUUAACCUGGUUCCAUCACUAACAUAUUUCAGCAUGUCACUGUGUGGUGAAUAUACAGGGGUGGGAACAGUAACACUUGUAAGAUACAAUGUGAUUGAAUACAAUCAUUUUUAAUAAUGGGGUCUUUCUUAACUUGCGUGUAUUGCUGUAUACUUUUUUUUUUUUUUUUUUUUUUUUUUUUAUUGUCACAUUAUGUUCUAUCGUAACACACUGUAUUUUGUCAGAAACAGCUCACAAUAUAAUGCAGUAAAAUACAACAAAUCACGAAGAACUCCAAACGGGAUGGAACAGCUAGAUCAGGUCCUCCCUGACACCAUGCUGAGUAUUUUAUUGUGCCCAGCUCUUGUACCUAUCGGCACCACUGAUACCUGCCAGUGUUUCUGGCCCAAAGGAACACGAGUAAGUGGAACCCUGAGUAUGUCCUGACUCUGUGACCUUCAGUAAUCACAUGUCAGUGUCUUUACCGGCUUUUUCUUACUCUGUUUUCCUUGGCGCUUUGGUUUGUGUCUCUAAACUCUUCACAUAUAUGAUGUGCGUUCUUUAUAGGUAAUGUAUUCUAGCUAAACAAUUUAUUUAGCCUUUAAAUAAAGUUUUGUUUCAAUUUGG